GGUGUUUACAUACUUCUCCCUACAUCGUGUUGUCAAACUACAUCGCUGCUCUCAAAUGAAACAUUCACAGUUUUCAGGAACAUAUACAUUCGCACUUAUACUUUUUAUGGUUUUGCAUCAUACGCACGAGAAAAUGUCUGCCAGCAGGAGGGCGAAGUAUGCAGCAAAACGGUCUUUCUGAGAUGCUGCGACCCCCUGGUCUGCGAACUGAGCGGCUUCGGACGAGGCGUCUGUGUGCGUUGCCUGGGCGACAAUAAAUUCUGCGUACGCAGCCGCGACUGUUGCAGCGGGAAGUGCUCCUGGUUCAGAUGGCCUUUGAGAAUUUCAAAUUUGGACGAAUUUUGGAUGGAAUAUUAUCACAGAACUGAUAUUGAUAUGCCCCGCAAUAAAUAUGCCGCAAAGUACUUGCCGUUCCUUUCAAACUGCCCAUCUACCGUUUGCCAACUCUUGUCUGCAAGCGUCAACACCGACCUGCUGAACACUCCUGAGCGUAGUCUAUGCAAAACACCAAAUACUAAACUACCGUUUUUCCUAAAAAAGGUUAAUAGAAAUGCACAUUCAGAUGUCUGCCAGCAAGAGGGCGAAGUAUGCAGCAAGACGGUCUUUCUGAGAUGCUGCGACCCCCUGGUCUGCGAAAUAAGCGGCUUCGGGCAAGGUGUCUGUGUGCGUUGCCUGGGCGACAAUAAGUUUUGCGUACGCAGCCGCGACUGUUGCAGCGGAAAGUGCUCCUGGUUUAGAUGUGUGUAG